AUGCUAAACUCUGAGCUGCUGAGUAGCUUCCAUGCCACAAUAGCGACUAUUCCGGCUCCAAAGCAUCAAUUUCUUUCCACAAAGCAACCACGUGUAGACUACAAUAGUGAGUCUUCGCGAGAGAUCUUAAAGCGCUUGUCCCUCUAUCGAAGAGGGACCGAGCCACACAAUCAAAGCAGGAACCACUCUAUUACCGAGGCGGGUCCUGCUGGCGCCGCUGGGCUUUCAACUAUCUGUCCAAAGGCAAUGCGUCUUCUCAAGGACCUUCAAUUGGAGCAGACAAACGUAAUAGAGAAUAGCAUUAUCGAGGAAGCGUCCUCUAUGACACUAAAGUCUAUUCACAGGCAGUCUUCAGAAGUCAGCUAUGAUGCGUGGAUGAAUAGGCGCGCCGAAAUAGAUCAAGCACUAGGGUUCACAGCCAGUGUCACGACAAAGUCGUUUACUGAAGUCCUCAAUACCCACCACUUGGGUCCUUCUGGCCAAAGGCACAGCCGUGUUCCCACUACCAUGAAUAGCGAUAUUAAGUACCAAACCGGCGUUGUUUUAAAAAUUAUCCGUGACUCUGUGGCGUAUUUUUCUGGCACUUAUUCCAGCCUCAAUCAAGACACAGGGGUUGGGCUUAUCAGCAGCCUUAUUGACUCUCUUUCUGAAUGGUCUUCGCACGGCCAGGCCCUGUCUCUAAACUUCCUUGACUCGCUUGGAUUCAUCAUGUUUUUAUGUACGCAGAAAUGGCAUAAGCUGCUCACGCCCGCGGGGCGCUAUAUACCCAGUUUAUGUUAUCUGAAUGAGAAGUACAGACAUAUGAUUCAAGCUACCAUUGCUGGCACAGGGGCAUCGUACUUAGAGUGGCGUGAGCAUCCAAACAUUCAGUACAUAGCACGCUUCUUGACGCAGCUAAAAGGGCCCGGAGCCAGUUCAUUAACUAAGCUGAAUGCAGCUUCGACCUUUGCCACCAAGGGCUCAACCACACUGGCAGGCAUACUGGAUACCCCAGUUGUGACUAUCUAUAGUAUAUGCCUAUCGCUGUUCAUGGCUGGGUUCUAUAGAGAUCUUGCUUACUUGAUUAACGCCAAGGCCGAUGACUUCGCCAUGUUCCCGUCUCUUAAGGAGUGUCUUGUGCGGUUUGCAAAGGCGAUGGAACUAACAGUCGCCGAGUCAGUCCCUUUGGACAACGAUAUUCACUUUUACUUGAGGGCUAAUGUCUCUAGCCUUAUGCAUGAGUACGAGCGUGUAGUAGCUGAAAUCACUAACAACCCUGAUUACGAAGGCGUAGAGGAGACAUACAAGCUGUUCUUGUUCGAUAUUUUGGGAGACUCUCAAGAUAACAAGCCGCUGCUUACGGAACUUUUCGGUCGGGUCAUCUCUCGUAUCCUUACCACCGAUCCCCUCGAAAAAGAGACCAUUAUCUCAACAAUGAUUUCUACAGCAGCCGCUUCUAGAAACCACUUGCUCAUGUCGAAGAAUCAAGUCAGUAAGCUUGUGGUCGGCGAGACGGCAUACAGCAGCCUCUUGCUCAUGGACAUCCCAUCCUACCUUGGCCUCUUGUUGCGUGCUCAUCAAACACAGAUAGAGCCCUUCACUGCAUUUGUCUGUUUGCGCAUUUUAGAGACUCGGUGUCCCUCUCUUUUCAAAGAUGUUUAUGUUGACCUUUCUACAUACUACAACGUUGAUGCGCAGGGCCGUCUACGACACACACAGUUUUAUGUAGAGAACAUUGCUGCUCUCAUAGACGCCACCUCAGUGAAGAACCUUAUCUCACCAGAUGGUCGUGUCAGCGCUGUCGCGUUGCUCCUUUCCACCCUCCGAUACUAUCUGGACCUGUCAGGUGAAACAACCAUCACCGAAUCUCACCUUUCGAUUGCACGGUUGCUAACUGAUGCGGAUCAGGUCAUCAUGCUUGGAUUGCUUAUCCACGAAACGCUUCCAUCCUGCAAAUUUGUCCAUAAGUGGCUUGAGAGUAGUUCGGCUAAAGACAUGCUUCCGCUGUUUUAUCUGAUUGGUGCCCUUACCGUCGAGUAUCACAAAGAAUCUCGCCUUACUACUACUCAGCUAUACUAUGGAGGGGAAUUUUACGAGCUUGCAGCUUACUCGCAUGCAAAGUACAUGCUUGAGAGUCUUUCACCAAGCAUCUCGAUAUCACAAGAAGAAUACAAGAAGGUUCAGACCCUAUCUGAAGGUCUACAAGGAAAGUUGCCGUUGAACGAGCUCCACCAGAUCCUUUCCUUUGCUUCUUAUCUGCUAGACAGUAAGGUGCAGUUGCUAGGGUACAAGAACAUGGAGCAGGCAGUGGCUGCGUUCAGCCACUCUGGAAUACUGCACACCAGUGUGAGCGUACUUCCACAGAUAAUUAAGGAUCACCUCAACCUCGUCUUACAGUACAGUUAUCAACUCCUGCGGGAGGUCCGACUAGUUGGGCAACAGGACAUACGCGAACCCGCUACUAUUUUAUCAAAUUUUGCCCACCAAUGUGGAAAGCUGGUUGACAACAGCACAGUUGUCGAUAUCAUGUCGCUGGGGACACUCUGA